AAAUAAUUGUCGCGGCUUAAUAUAUGAACCGAAGCUUUUUCCACCUGGUAGGGUUUUUUCUUUUCUCUGUAUAGCAUCGUAAUCAAUUCAUUGCAGUCGUACCUGCAAUUCCAAUCGCCACACUUCAAUGGAGAAGAAGACGGCGCCUGAGAGGAGCCCCUCCCCAGCUGCCUCCCCAGCUACGGAGUCGACAAAGACGAGGGAUGAAGAUACAACGCCAAAGGAAUCAGAUCAAGAUGUUGCACCAGCACCGCUCGAGCCCGAAAGGGAACGGACAGCUCUUCAGACCGCAGUUCUCAUGUUCGCCUUAUGCGCGUCUGUGUUCCUUGCCGCCCUCGAUGUCACGAUCGUUACCACCGCCCUACCUACCAUAUCCUCAUACUUCAAGACCUCUAUGGCCUACACAUGGGUAGGGUCCGCCUACAUGUUGUCCAGCGCGGCAUCGACGCCUAUAUGGGGCAAAGUGAGCGACAUCUGGGGACGCAAGCCGAUCUUGCUGGUCGUGUCGGCAAUUUUCUUUUUUGGGAGUGCACUUGCGGCCGCAGCUAUAAAUAUCGACAUGUUAAUUGCUGGAAGGGCUGUGCAGGGUCUUGGCGGAGGAGGUCUGUUGACGUUGGUGAACAUUUGCAUAUCGGAUUUAUUCUCCAUGAGGAAUCGCGCGAAAUAUUACGGAUUUAUCGGCAUGACAUGGGCGUUUGCAAGUGCGAUUGGGCCCAUUCUUGGUGGAGUCCUGACGGAGAAGGUAUCUUGGAGAUGGUGCUUUUAUAUUAACCUGCCUAUAACCGGCGUGGCAUUUUUCAUCAUUGCCUUUUUGCUGCAUCUCGACACCCCAAAGACGCCCGUUGUCACAGGGCUGUUGGUGGUUGACUGGCUUGGAAGCAUUUCAAUCGCAGGCGCGACUGUGAUGUUUCUCCUGGGACUAACUCUCGGUGGCGUCAUUCACCCAUGGGAUUCUCCCAUCGUUCUCUGCAUGUUAAUAUUUGGACCUCUACUCUUCCUGGUCUUCCUCGCGAUCGAGUGGAAGGUAGCGAAAUACCCAAUCAUGCCGCUGGAGAUGUUCGAGAACCCAUCCAACAUCGCAUCCUUGCUCGGCGUAUUUUUCCACGGCAUGAUGAUGGUGAUUGGCUCGUUUUUCGUGCCUCUCUACUUCCAAUCUGUCCUGGGGGCCACGGCUCUUCUAUCUGGUGUCUGGCUGCUCCCUCUUGCUCUAUCUUUAUCAUUCAGCUCUGCCGGCACAGGCUUGUACAUCUCUAAAACCGGUCGCUAUAUGGAUUGCAUCCGUGGAGCCUUUACCUUAUCCAUCGUCGGCUUUGGGCUCCUUUACGACCUCCCGCUUGGCAAGACAUGGUCAAAGAUCAUCAUCUAUCAGAUCAUCUGCGGAUUAGGCGUUGGUCCUAACUUCCAGAGUCUCUUGCUGGCGCUACAAAACCAGGUGAAACCGCAUCACUACGCCUCUGUUACGGCAACACUCGGAUUUACUCGCAACCUUGCGACGGCUAUUGGCGUUGUGGUCGGAAACGUCGUCUUCCAGAACAGCAUGCUCAAGGAGGAGCCUCAUCUGAAAGCCAGCCUCAGUCCGCAAGCAGCUGAAAUGCUGUCAGGGAAGAACGCGGAAUCGAGUGUGUUCUUUGUUAACACUCUCCCUGCCCUCCAAAGAGAUAUAGCAAGAGCAGCAUAUUAUGCAUCUUUGAGGAAUGUUUGGCUUACAGCUGUCGCAUUUGCAGCGGGGGGGCUUAUUUCUUGUGUGUUUAUCAAGGGGCGUGAACUUAGCAAGGUUCACGAGAAGGUCGAGACUGGCCUUGAGGCUGAAGAACGGAAGGCCAGAGAAAGGAAGGCGGCUGCGGAGACGAAGACGGCUGGGGAAAAGGACAUUGUAUGAGGGCCUUAUACAUACGGGAUCCAUAUAUCAUUUUGUAGAGGCAUUUGGUUUGGCAUAUUUUUAGGGGAUACCAUAAAGCGGAUAUACUUGCAUAUAUUAGGUCCAGGGUUAGCAAUUCGAAUAUAAACAUGAAUACUAGG